CCCAGAUAAGACAAGAUCCAUCCCGCGUCAUCAAUUGCAAAAGAGAGCAAAGGGAAGCGAGGGCCAAAAAAAUAGAACCAUCCCGACCCGAAACACCAACUGACGAUAAUCCCCGAUCUACCCGUUUCUUCGGCGGCCUUCAAUGGGAUCGUCCUCACGCAUUCCCAUCCCAUAAAAGGGCCGCCCCUACGCUCUUAAUGGUCCCGUCCUCUGGCUUGGCACCAGAGCGAACAUGAAUGCCGUCGAUGCCUCGGAUCACUACGAGAUCCACUCGGGUGAGGACACGCCGUCGCUCCUCGUCGUCGUCAUCGACACCAACCCGCGCGCCUGGGCCCUGCUGCGCGAUGUGCUGCCAAUCUCAAAGGCCAUAGCCAACAUCCUCGUCUUUGUCAACGCCCACCUCGCUCUCAGCAGCUCACAUUCCGUCGCCGUCAUCGCGGCCCACACCCACCGCGCAGUCUGGCUCUAUCCAUCGCCGCCGAAACCACCCGUCCGCGAUGCCAACGACGUCGAGAUGACCGAUGCCGAUGCCGGCAAGGACAAGAAGCAGCCUGCCACCUCAUCAGCCAACAAGCUGCCUCAGUUCGCCCACAUCGAAUCCACCCUCCUCUCCUCGCUCCACGACCUGAUCCAAAGCACCACCAAGGCGGAGCUGGCCUCGACCACGACAACCCUCAUCUCGGGCGGACUGUCCCUGGCGCUCGCACACAUCAACAAGACCAAGGAGCUCGCCAUGGCCACUGGAAUCGACGCCACCAAGGCCGAGCCCGCCGCGCCGGGCGUGUCGGCCUCCACGGCCGGCGCAGGCGUCAACGGCGGCGGCGGCUCCGCGGCCCGGACCGUGCUGCACUCGCGCAUCCUGACCGUGUCCGUAUCCGACUCCAGCGCCGACCAGUACAUCCCGACCAUGAACGCCGUGUUUGCGGCGUCGAGUGCCGGCGUACCCCUCGACGUGCUCGCCCUGCGUGGCGCCGCCCCGUUCCUGCAGCAGGGCGCAUUCAUCACGGGCGGCACCUACAUCGCCGCCACAGAGCCGCGCGGCAUCCUCGCCUACCUCAUGACGGGCUUUGCCAGCACCAGCGGCGUCGGCAGCCAAGGCCUGCUCUUGAGUCCAGGGUCCGAGUCGGUCGAUUUCCGCGCCGCCUGCUUCUGCCACCGGCGGGCCGUCGACACGGGCUACGUCUGCAGUGUCUGCCUGAGCAUCUUUUGCGAGGUGCCUUCAGGCGCAGAGUGUCUGACCUGCGGGUCAAAGCUCGCGCUGGGUGCGUAUGGCCACAAGCCCGCCGUCGUCCCACGCGUGCGCAAGAAGAAGAAGAGGAAGGUCGGCGUCAACGGGGACAGUAGAGAGGGAACCGGCACUCCACGACCUACAUGAUUGAUGUUAGGGGAAGUCCUAGUUCAAUAAGUUUCGAGGCGUUUGAGAUGCCAGGGUUUUUGUGUCUGAAUGUCAGAUUGUGAUACAAUUUUAGAGGCAUGCUGCCAAGGUUCAUUCGGGAGAAAAAGAAUUAUCUAGAUCGAGGUCUGCAACAAUUGCAACUUGGGUUGCUUCUUAUAUCAAGGAGUUGGGCGAGGUGGGUACGUUUGGGUUCUUUGGCUUUUUCGUAGAGACAUAACACUACCAGGGGCUGUGCCGUCGGCUACUAUUACCUAUAUAUCAACGACGGCAUGACUUCUAAAUCUUUCGAAUACGUAAGUAAUACGUUGAAGUGGAAAACUCCAUCCGAUAGUCGACAAAGGCCAGCUCAAGCCAUUGGACAAGUUUGAGUUGUACCAAGGUAUAUAAGCACUUGAUGAUUCUACUUCCCGAACCUAAGCGAUUAAUUUAGACUAUGUAGUGAUGUGUACACAUACCAUAUCCAGACUUUCCAAUCUUCUAAAAAAAAAUCAAAUGCAGGUUACUCGACGCGA